CCCCGACUCUACUCAGCCCGGCUACCUGACCUCGGGACCCCCGCGCCUCCCCGCACUCCGUGCGCCGGGACGCGCGCGUUUUUGGAAACGCACCUGGUGCCUCACAGUCCCGGCCUGCGAUCGGGACGAGCCUGGGAUCCCCCCACCGGGGAUUGUGGGGGCUCCAGAGACUACUAAGCGGUUUCGGCCCCUAUGCGCGGGACUCGGAGACUGCAGAGAAGGGAACGCGGCGCCCGCCACGCGGUUGCAGCCCGGACAGCGGCUCCACGAACGCGUCCCAGCGGGGGGCGUGGGGGAUCCCUUGGAGAAGACGGUCCUGGGGUACUUUCCUCGGGUUCAGUGUCUCAGCGACCUGAAUUCACUAACACGCUUGCCCGUCUCGCAGAGAAGGCGUUUUUGUGGCGGCUGCGGACUUUGGGAUGGGGCUCUUCGGUGAGCAGGGAGGCCCCUGCCAAAGCUCCCACUCUUUGAGAUUUUUCUCCACGCCCCCCUUUGCCUCCAAUCCCAGGGGGAGAGCGUGGAGAGAGGUUCGGGGCAAUCCUUGCUCACGCACGCCUUUCCCUUCUUCCCUAGCCGCACUCCCGGGCUCCGGGGACAGGUUAGGGGCCGCGAAUGCGGACAGGAAGUCCCAAAGUCAAGCGUUCUGAGCAAGGGGUGACUCAGACGAAGAAAUGCUGCAGGUGGGGGCGCGGUCUCCGGAGAUGUGGACCCGUCACCCCAGGGCCACCAGGGAGUCCAUACACAUCGGAGUUGGGGGACUGAAUCACCCUCCUCCGCCCCAGCCCUCUGUGAGCCCGCACAGGGUGAGGGGAGGCAGACUUUGCUCAGGGCGGGGUGGGUGUGUUGGAGGGGAGCGCCGUCCCUCCGCUGGGGUCGCAGAGAAGAUGAGGUCUCCUGCCUUUGGCCGAGGCCCUAUCUGUCCAUCGAGCCGAGGCCGGCUUCAAUUUCCAACAGUGAGAGCAGGCUUUCCCCGCCUGCCUGGACAGAGCGACACUUCCGCAGGCUCCACGAGAAGGGAGCUCAAAGGAAACCCUGGUUGUGCUGUUGGACUUUGCUGCAGCUAAAGGGGAACUUGGCUGGCUCACACAGCCAUAUGGCAGCGGGUGGGACCUGAUGCAGAACAUCAUGAACGACAUGCCCAUUUACAUGUACUCCGUGUGCAACGUGGUGUCUGGUGACCAGGACAACUGGCUCCGCACCAACUGGGUGUACCGUGGCGAGGCCGAGCGCAUCUUCAUCGAGCUCAAGUUCACCGUGCGUGACUGCAACAGCUUCCCUGGAGGUGCCAGCUCCUGCAAGGAGACCUUUAACCUCUACUAUGCCGAGUCAGAUGUGGACUAUGGCACCAACUUCCAGAAGCGCCAGUUCUCCAAGAUCGACACCAUUGCACCUGACGAGAUCACCGUCAACAGUGACUUCGAGGCACGCCACGUGAAGCUGAAUGUGGAGGUGCGCUCUGUGGGGCCACUCACCCGUAAGGGCUUCUACCUGGCCUUCCAGGACAUUGGUGCCUGCGUGGCACUGCUCUCUGUCCGAGUCUACUACAAGAAGUGCCCGGAGCUGCUGCAGGGCCUGGCCCGCUUCCCUGAGACCAUCCCUGUCUCCAGUGCACCCUCCCUGGCCACAGUGGCUGGCACUUGUGUGGACCAUGCUGUGGUGCCACUAGGGGGUGAAGAGCCCCGCAUGCACUGUGCAGCGGAUGGCGAGUGGCUGGUGCCCAUCGGGCAGUGCCUGUGCCAGGCGGGCUAUGAGAAGAUGGAGGACACCUGCCAGGCCUGCUCACCUGGAUUCUUUAAGUUCGAGGCAUCUGAGAGCCCCUGCUUGGAGUGCCCUGCCCACACACUGCCGUCCCCUGAGGGUGCCACCUCCUGCGAAUGUGAAGAAGGUUACUUCCGGGCACCUCAGGACCCACUGUCGCUGCCCUGCACACGCCCACCCUCUGCCCCACACUACCUCACAGCUGUGGGCAUGGGUGCCAAAGUGGAGCUUCGCUGGACACCCCCCCAGGACAGCGGGGGCCGUGAAGACAUCGUCUAUAGUGUUACCUGUGAGCAUUGCUGGCCUGAGUCUGGAGAGUGCGGGCCCUGUGAGGCCAGUGUGCACUACUCAGAGCCACCACACGCGCUGACCCACACCAGCGUGACGGUCAGUGGCCUGGAGCCCCACAUGAACUACACCUUCACUGUGGAGGCCCGCAAUGGUGUCUCGGGCCUGGUGACCAGCCGCAGCUUCCGCACUGCCAGCGUCAGCAUCAACCAAACAGAGCCCCCCAAGGUGAGGCUGGAAGGCCGCAGCACCACCUCGCUGAGUGUCUCCUGGAGCAUCCCCCCACUGCAGCAGAGCCGUGUGUGGAAGUACGAGGUCACCUACCGGAAGAAGGGGGACUCCAACAGCUACAAUGUGCGUCGCACUGAGGGCUUCUCGGUGACCCUGGAUGACCUGGCUCCGGACACCACUUACCUGGUCCAGGUUCAGGCUCUGACGCAGGAGGGCCAGGGAGCCGGCAGCAAGGUGCACGAGUUCCAGACACUGUCCCUGGAAGGAUCUAGCAACUUGGCGGUGAUUGGCGGGGUGGCUGUCUGCGUCGUCUUGUUUCUGGUGCUGGCUGGAGUCGGCUUCUUCAUCCACCGCAGGAGGAAGAACCUAAGAGCCCGCCAGUCCUCGGAAGAUGUUUACUUCUCCAAGUCAGAACAACUAAAGCCCCUGAAGACAUACGUGGACCCCCACACAUAUGAGGACCCCAACCAGGCUGUGCUCAAGUUCACCACUGAGAUCCAUCCAUCCUGUGUCACUCGCCAGAAAGUGAUUGGGGCAGGAGAGUUCGGUGAGGUGUACAAGGGAACACUGAAGGCGUCCUCAGGGAAGAAGGAGGUGCUCGUGGCCAUCAAGACGCUGAAAGCUGGCUACACCGAGAAGCAGCGGGUGGACUUCCUCAGCGAGGCCAGCAUCAUGGGACAGUUUAGCCACCACAACAUCAUCCGCCUGGAGGGCGUCGUCUCCAAAUACAAGCCUAUGAUGAUCAUCACUGAGUACAUGGAGAACGGGGCCCUGGACAAGUUCCUUCGGGAGAAGGACGGCGAGUUCAACGUGCUGCAGCUGGUGGGCAUGCUGCGGGGCAUCGCGGCCGGCAUGAAGUACCUGGCCAACAUGAACUACGUGCACCGGGACCUGGCCGCCCGCAACAUUCUGGUGAACAGCAACCUGGUCUGCAAGGUGUCUGACUUUGGCCUGUCCCGUGUACUGGAAGAUGACCCUGAGGCCACCUACACCACCAGUGGAGGCAAGAUUCCAAUUCGCUGGACAGCCCCAGAGGCCAUUUCUUACCGCAAGUUCACCUCAGCCAGUGACGUGUGGAGCUAUGGCAUUGUCAUGUGGGAGGUGAUGACAUACGGCGAGCGGCCCUAUUGGGAGUUGUCAAACCACGAGGUGAUGAAAGCCAUCAACGAAGGCUUCCGGCUCCCCACGCCCAUGGACUGCCCCUCCGCCAUCUACCAGCUCAUGAUGCAGUGCUGGCAGCAGGAGCGUGCCCGCCGCCCCAAGUUCGCCGACAUCGUCAGCAUCCUGGACAAGCUCAUCCGUGCUCCUGACUCCCUCAAGACCCUGGCGGACUUUGACCCCCGGGUGUCCAUCCGGCUGCCCAGCACCAGCGGCUCAGAGGGCGUGCCCUUCCGCACAGUGUCCGAGUGGCUCGAGUCCAUUAAGAUGCAGCAGUACACAGAGCACUUCAUGGCGGCCGGCUACACGGCCGUCGAGAAGGUGGUGCAGAUGACCAAUGAUGACAUCAAAAGGAUCGGAGUACGGCUGCCCGGCCACCAGAAGCGCAUCGCCUACAGCCUGCUGGGACUUAAGGACCAGGUGAACACGGUGGGGAUCCCCAUCUGAGCCGUGACAGGGCCUCUCGCCCUGUCAGCCAAGAAUACUUGAAGAAACAGAGUGGACUCCCUGCCAGCACCACGCUGGGCUGCCAGGGACCUUAUUUAUUUCCAAUUCCUUCUUAAUGCCCACUGAGGCCUCUGCUGGGGGGUGUUGGACCAUACCCUGGCCUGAACUGAGGAGACGCUCAGGGAUCCUGGGCUGGGGCCCUCUUCCCCUACAAAGGACAGACGGCCAAGCACUUAGCAGGCACCGACCGCCACGUUCCCAGCACCCCAGGGGCAGGAGCCCCACAGAGACCUUUGGACAGACACGUGGGACUGUUCCAAACUGACCUCCCCUUCACUUUCUCCCAUAAGAGACCAUCUUGGGAGAAGGGGGCUUGGCCCAGGGCCUGUGCACAGGGUACCUCAAGCCCCAUCCCUCACUAUAAGAGGGCAGACCUUGAAUUUGACUGGGUGAGACCCAAAGUGGUCCCCGUCCUUCUAUGCCUUCCUCAGACCCCCAGGCCCUGUCCUCAGCCCUAAACAGCUGAACUCUUAUUUUCCUGGGGCCCUCACAGAAUGCUUGGUUGUGUUGAGGGUUUUUUUAAUAUAUAUUUUGUACUUUGUGGAGAGAAUGUGUGUGUGUGUGGCGGGGGGCCCCAUUAGGGCUGAGGGCAGAGGAUGGCCUGUGUCAGACAUUCCUGGGAUGGGGGCCGAGGGGCUGGGGGACUGGUGCUGCAGGAGUUUCCUGCCCGUUUCCCAGUCCGCCCCAUCUCUUGGCCCUUUAGACAACAUUUACUACUCCGUCAGUGUUAAUGAUUUUGUUUUGUUGGGUUUUUUUUUUUUUUUUUCGAACCUUAAUUUAUUAUUUUUUUUAUAUUUAUUGUUAGAAAAUGACUUAUUUCUGCUCUGGAAUAAAGUUGCAGAUGGUU